UAAGAUUAGUUUAAUAGUGACGAUAGAACGAAGUGAUCUUUCCUUGCGACGGUCUUCGCAAGUGACCAGUGGCUAAGUAAGGCUUUGCGCCUUUUUCAUUAUUCCAUGUUUAAAGUGAAAAUAAGUUUGCAUUUAUUUUUUGGUUCUGUAAAAGGAAAAGAUGCCAUCUCGCGCUUCAGACAAUCUUCUGCAACCAGUGAUUACAAACAAAACUGAAAAAGAUAUUGAUGAGUUCGAAGACGUGGAAACGAUAGAAUGCGACGAACAGGAAAUUUGUUAUGGAGCAGGAGACGCUCUGUUCUCCGCAAUAGUGGUAGCGCCACAGGUGAUCAGCGUGUGGAGAGGAACGUGGGGCAUAAUGGAGCUUCAUCCACAUUUGUUCCCCCACGCACAGAUAUUCCUUCUAGGCAUCGUUUUACACUUAUGUUUUACUUUAGUAAGAUCAGUCCUAUUGUCACGGUCAAAGGGUGCCUGGGGAGAAGGAAGGGCUGGAAGGUGGCUUCGAGAGAGAUUCGUCUGCAGGAUCUACACUUAUAUCUUCACCCUUGCCAAUAUUAUGCACUGGAGAGGAGGCUGGGGUCUCCUGGAUAUGUUCGUCGUUACAAUAUUACCAGAAGAUGAAAAGCACAGACCAGUGCUAAUCGGCGGUCUUACUGCAUUCUGCUACCUGACGAGUAUUUGCAUCCGGUCCUCACGCAACAUGCUCGCAUCGCCAUACUUCCUAUUCACGGAUGGGAAGGAGUCUACAUACAUUUUCACUACCCGGUUUCAAGCUAAGAGUAGCAGAGAAACUGCGCUGUAUAUUCUCGACUGUGUGUUCUCCGUGACCGUGGUGGGUUCGCUGGUGGUAUUUGUAUGGCGCGGCACCUGGGCUCUUCUGGACAUUUUCGUCUACCCUGAUGACCAGAUCAAAUCCUUUAUCACAUCAUUGGUGGUAGGCUACGCGAUAGUGGCGUUAACAUUCGCCACUCAGGUACCCAUGCGUUGGUUGGUGGGCAAGCUUCAGGGGGCGCCGAGGUUGUUGGUCGCCGAUCUCUACCAUCUCAUAUCCUUCUUCGCGACGGUGAACGUGUGGCGAGCUGUUUGGGGUCUGAUGGAUGUUUAUUUUUUCCCAGAUACGCCAAAACUAAGCAACUGGUGCUCACACAUCAUCAGCCUGGCGCUUUUGAUACUCCUCAACUGUUCCAACUCAAUACUAGUGCGAGGAGUUUACAUCGACGCCGAGGAACCUGAGGGUGACUGCGUCGUAUUCCCUUGCUUAUAUCUCCGGCUAUACUUCCACAAAGAGAGAAUAAAGAAGAGGCACAAGGAUAGUCUAGCAACAUCUACUUCGGCCGCUAAGAAGGCAGAAGAAGCCAGCGUACCCUUACAAACACCGGAGGAGAAAGUAUAACACUCCCCUUCUACCGGAAUCACAAUUUCCGAAUUGCAUUUUGUACUCCCACUGUAAAUAUUUUAAUUAUAUAUUCAACUUUCCUGUACUAUAACAGGUUUGAUAUACGAAAAUUUAUGGAAAUACAGAUUUGUAUUGCCAGGUUAUACUUUAUAAUACUUGUGUGGAAGUUCUGGAAAAUAAUAAAUGGAAUUAAACUUGUACUUUGAAUAGAUUGUGUUUUGAAUAGAUUUGUUGUUUUUGCAAGUUUUUGAUCAGUAAUAUAGAACAUAUAUUAACAGUUCUAUACAAAAAAAAAAUAUGUGAAAAGAUCUAGUAUUCAAACCUUUAUAGUAUUGCUUUUUAGUGAGAUUAUUACUAACACUCAUAAAAUUCAUUCUUUUUAACGUAAAUUAUUAUUUUUGAUCUUAUUUCUUACACGUUUCUAGUUAGUGUAGUUUUUAAAUAUUUUAAUGCGCAAAUAGUGUAAAUAUUUUUGUAAUUUUUAAUAUAAAUCUUACAAGUUUUGUAAAUUACUUAAUUGUAAUAAAUACGUCGUAUUGUAUUAUAAAAUGUAUUAUCGAAUGUAAAGGUAGAAUACAAUAGUGUUUUGUUUUGUUUGUUUACAAAUUAAGCGUAGUAUUGUUUUAGCAAAUAAAAAACAUUUUGCUUGUU